CGCUCCGCACCGCCGCCCGCACGCCCACCAGGCUGCUGCUGCCCACCGGCCCACCCCAGGCCCCGCGCCCCCGCCGCCGAGCCGCUCAGGCCGCUCUCACGCCGCGCCGCCGCCGCACACCAAGCAUAUCCAGCUCAUAUCCGCUCGUACCCGGGACAUAUCAGGCAUCCAUAUCCACUCGACGCGGCGGAUGACAACGUGAGGACCCGGCGCGCGCACGAGCCGCAGGCGGCAGAACAAUAGGAGGCACGGGUCUUCGGUCGAAACACCACCAAAUAAAAACAUGAGGGGGCCGGAGGGGCAGCGCGCGCAGUAGUUCCACCGCACCACUCUCGGCUCGCGGUGGUGGUCCGUAGAGGAUGGCCAACACGGCGCACCUGGUGCGGCGGCAGUCGUCGCGGGACCUGAACCCGCAGCGCUCGCUGGACCGCCUCGAGAUGAAGGAGAUGCGGGGCCGCCUCGUGGUGGAGAACGGCAGCACCUCGCUCAGCUACAACUAUGGCGCCACCAACGCGGCCUUCGACGACACCAGCCCCAACACCAAGAUCGGCAAGGUGACAUCGGCGAGCAAGCUGGCGGGGUCGACGGAGGGCAAGGCCAUGUUCCAGCCCGAGGGCGGCGGGGAGGAGCGCGAGUCGUGGGACAGCAAGCUCACCUUCCUGCUCGCCACCAUCGGCUACGCCGUCGGCCUGGGCAACGUCUGGCGCUUCCCUUACCUCGCGCAGAAGAACGGCGGCGGUGCGUUUCUUAUCCCCUACUUCAUCAUGCUUUGCAUCGAGGGCAUCCCAAUCUUCUACCUGGAGCUCGCCAUCGGGCAGCGGUUGCGCAAGGGCGCCAUCGGCGUCUGGAACCAGGUGUCUCCGCGCCUGGGCGGCAUCGGCAUCGCCUCGGCCGUCGUCUCCUUCAACGUGGCCCUGUACUACAACACCAUCAUCGCCUGGUGCCUCUUCUACUUUGUCCAAAGUUUCCAGUCACAACUUCCAUGGGCAGAGUGUCCACAGAAAUACUUCGGCAACGGCUCUUACAUACUGGAACCCGAAUGCGUUACGUCCACACCCACGCAGUACUUCUGGUACCGCACCACCCUCAUGGUGUCCGAGGACAUCAACAGCCCGACGUCCUUCAACUGGAAGAUAGCCGUCGCCCUGGUCAUCGCGUGGAUCCUCGUGUACAUGUGCAUGAUCAAGGGCAUCGCCUCCUCGGGGAAGGUCGUGUACGUGACGGCCACGUUCCCGUACAUCGUCUUGAUCAUCUUCUUCUUCCGCGGCAUCACCCUGAGAGGCUGCACGGACGGGCUGCGGCACCUCUUCACGCCCAAGUGGCACACCUUGUCCGACCCGGUGGUGUGGCUCGAGGCCGGGACGCAGAUCUUCUUCUCGCUCGGGCUGGCGUUCGGCGGCCUGAUCGCCUUCUCCUCGUACAACCCCGUCAACAACAACUGCUCCCGGGACGCCAUCAUGGUCUCGCUCACCAACUGCUUCACCUCCAUGUUCGCCGGCAUCGUCGUCUUCUCCGUCAUCGGGUUCAAGGCCACCAUGAGCUACGAGCGGUGCCUGGACCUGCGCAACGCCACCCUGGCCGCGUGGGAGGCGGCCUCCACCACCGCCAUCUCGGCGGUGAACCCGCUCACCAGCACGGCCAUGAGCAACGCCAUGCCCGAGCUGCCCGAGUGCGACCUGCAGAAGGAGCUGGACAACUCGGCAGCCGGGACGGGCCUCGCCUUCAUCAUCUUCACCGAGGCCAUCAACCAGUUCCCCGGCGCGCAGUUCUGGUCCGUCCUCUUCUUCCUGAUGCUCUUCACGCUCGGCAUCGACUCGCAGUUCGGUACGCUCGAAGGCGUCGUCACCUCCAUCGUCGACAUGAAGCUGUUCCCCAAUCUCAGGAAGGAAGUGCUCACUGGCGUGCUGUGCCUCAUCUGCUGCGUGAUAUCCAUGUCCUUUGCCCACGGGGCGGGGAGCUACGUCUUCGUUCUGUUUGACAACUUCAGCGGCAACUUCCCUCUGCUCAUCAUCGCCUUCUUCGAGUGCAUCGCCGUGGCCUACGUGUACGGACUUAAAAGAUUCGCGGACGACAUCGAGCUGAUGACGGGCUCCCGACCGCACCUGUACUGGCUCAUCUGCUGGAAGUACCUCUCGCCGCUGGCCAUGCUGUGCAUCCUGGUGGCCUCCUUCGUGCAGAUCGCCAUGGACGGCUCGGGCUACCAGGCGUGGGUGGCCGACAAGGGCGUGACGGAGAGGCACGAGUGGCCCGUCUGGGGGCUCGUGCUCAUCGCCGUCCUCAUCCUGGUCUCCGUGUUGUGGAUCCCACUCGUCUGCGUCUGCAGGAUGUUCGGCGUCCAGGUGAUCGAGGACAGCGAGAAGGCGUGGUUCCCGGCCUCCGACCUGCGCGAGUUCCACGGCAUCGUGCCUCACGAGGUGACCACGGCGGAGACGCUGCUCUUCUGCAUCCGCGAGGACGGCAGCGAGGGCCUGUGCUGCCCGACGGGCGGCCCCGCGUCCAGCGACGAGGAGGACGACGACGCGUAGUGCCCCUCCCCUCGUGACGCGGCCGCUGGCUCGGGCUCGACUGCACAGGUUCCUCCGUACUCCUCUCCAAGACUCAAGACCUAGUAGGUUUAUUUUGCAUCGAGUUUAGUCGCAAAAGUGUUUCGUCCUAGAAGCGGUCCCGUCGUUUGCUUCACCAAAAGUGUCAUUGUGUUCUUCUCAAUUUCUCUGGUCAGAUUGCCCGUAGCGGUGUAUACUUUGUUCCCCUCCGGAAGUCGCUGCCGCGAUGACCCCUGUGCGUGGCGAUGGCCCGUGCGUUCAUCUGGCUGAGCCGUAGCGAUCCUCGCGGGCGAGGGUUCAACGAAACGCUCGAAACGCACACAAAUGCAGUCACGACACAACGAGCGUGUCGGACUGUUAGGGAUGCUAAGCCCAUAGUGUAGUUUGGUUAGAGGAGAAAGGGUUGUUCCCUUCCGAGGUACUCACGCUUCCCUGCUCGGGAAUAAUCCCUUGAGUGGCGAGCUGCCUAUUUUGUUUGGUUGUUUAAAACUUACGCCCCUCUAAGAAUAGGAAGCUGGAACACAGAAACUAUUUUGUAUUGGGGGCAGACGAAGUCAUAGAACGGAGGCGUAGUGACGAAGUAACAGCAUUUGAACAAAAGUUAAGGUUUUUCCAGAUAUCAAUUAGACAGAGUGUGUCACCCGCAUACAGAAAGAGCCUACUGUGCUCUCAUAUCACUUAGACUGUCACGGGGAUGUUAUCUACGUAGAGUUGGCUAGAAGAGUUUAUAAUUUUGUAAUCUCGUGUCUCCCUGAACUCAAAAUUGCCUUUCUGACGAAUGACGCAUUGUGAAAAGUGAUAACGUGCACAGCGUAAUGUGGCACGUGGAGCGGCGGAUAUUCUCUCGGCCAACUCGGCGCCGGAGAGCACCCCUCUUCGAACUUAAAGUCAAUUGUUUCGAGUGCGUUUGUGUGUGUGCACAACAAUCUGUUUCCUAAUCCCUUUAAGCUCUAUUUGUCAAAUCUCAACAACAACAAAAAUUAUGACGUGUAAAGAUGUGUGAAUCCCACAUGAUGAGGCACUCCGAAUGCGCUGGGUGCCACUGUGUUGUAGAGAGCCGCCGUUGACUGGAGAAACACCAAACUGUUUACAUAUGUUUAUGGAUUGAUGGGUGACUAGAACGAAUUCGCACUUUAGAUUCACAUAAUGGUCAAUAUUCAGACUUUGUCAAAGAAAUCAAUUGCUUUAACACAUGAGCAUUCAACACUGCCAGAGGUUGAGAAAGUUAAAUGUUUUCCCUCUUACCCAUUUUGAAAUCACAGUAAUCCGAUCUAACGUACCUUUAAUAAGGAACUCUUACGUAAGAGCUACACAGAUUGUUAUUUUCGUGAACAUUUAAACACUUGCACGUAACUCAUAAAUAAAUGUAAAGUGUAUUCUACUAUCUGUGAUACUUUUCAUAUAGGCGAGAACUAAAGUGCAAAUUCGCGUUAUGAAGGAGAAUAAACAUUUACCAGGUGCCAGUUCGUCGAGUUACUAGAAGACCUGAAUGUUUAGCAUUUGAAGUGGGUUGGGCGUGAUGGAAGGAAGCAGGAGUUGGUUACAUGCUAAUUUGGGAUACUAUUAGUUCCUCGAUGCCGUCUGUUUGCAACUGAGAAAAUGUUUCUGUUGUUAGUUUUGUGUUAAAUGUUUUCGGCGCAAGACGGUUUUGUCUUUGCGCCAUUAUUAUAAAAUUAUACAUGUAUAUUGUACAGUUACAGAUACGUUUUUGCCUCGAUGUACAAUUCCAUAUUAGAAGAUGUAACUGAUCAAUUUUUUGAGAAUGAUAAUUGAGAAUUGUUACUUCGUGUGAAUAUCACGAGGCAUCAAAGAGUAGUUAGGAAUGUGGGCCCGUCCUUUUUCUGCAAAAUGGUCGAAUCAGCCAUUCAUCCAAGAAUCAUUUUUCAGUAGGCAUUUUUAUCUGGGCGCCUGGCUGUUCACAAGCCUAUGGCUUUAUAUGCAAGACCUGCCUUGAUAGGGGUUUAGUUAAAGGAAGCUUCCGAUUCGUGGUGUGUCGUAAUUUCUUCGGCGGCCCAAUUUUGCCAAUUUUGGUUUUGAGCCAUUACAUAAAAGAGGGAAAAGUGAUUUCAAAGUGUAGCACGCCUACACGGACCUCAUGUAGCUGUUCAUCGUGAGUGUAGAUAAAGGACACAGCCCGGAACUUUAGACUUACUGUAAUAUCAUCUAAUGUAAAAACUUUAUUGUUUGUAAAAGCUAUAUGUGUGUAGUUUAUAAUUCUUCUGUACGUAAUAAGACGUUUAAUGGCUGUACUUAUUUUAUGAGACUAUGGCAUUUUUGAAUGGUUAAGUUCUGAAUGACAAUAACUUGUUAUAUAAAACGAAAUAUCCAUAACGUGCUAGACUAACUACUGUAGUUAACGCCACCGGCUUAUCACAGCAAUAUCAGCAAAGACUGUGUAGAAGUAGUAGGAACUGCGAAUACACCAUUCAAUGGGAAAUUCAAACCCCGUUUGUUUAGGGAUCAUCCAGAAAGUACGUCCGUCAUUCGCCGUUACGAACCGGCCCAGUUCUUCAACUGCUAGGUCUCAUCGCGCCUGGUAGGUAGGCAACAUCUUUCCUGCUGUGCAUGCGUGUACUACCGGGUGGCCUACCCCAAGCCUCGCAGACGCCUAGGUCUAGGCAAUUUGCCGAUCCAAUCUAAGAGAAACGGGCGUACUUUCUGAAUUAUCUCUUACGAGAAGCAUCGUGCAAGUGCAAAAAACAUUGUGGAUCGAACCCAUGGCCCUACCCCUUGACAUACAAUUCUUCGGUACGGUCGAGUCGGAGCCGAGGAUGUGAAUUUUGGUUGGACGAACGGGAAACUAUCUGAUCCCAUUGGUGCUACCGUAGACUACUUUAUCUUCAUUCUUUUAAUUUUUAAUUGAGAUUGCAAUUUUGGCAAAGUGGCCCGGUGUGUUCAAGCGCCUAAAAGACGACAAAGGAAAAUGCGAGACAAUAAAGUAGCUUAGUCUUUUUAAUUGUAAACUUGUACGCUGCAUACGGCAGUCUUUUUUCGCCUUGCUGUAAGCCCCUCCCAAUCGUGGAUUUUGUAACUUAUUUUGACGCUGUUUGCACAAAACGUAAUUUCACGAAUCGCCAUAAUCUGCCUGCAGUGCUUUUACAAGCGAUGUCAGAUAAAUAAACAUUUGUGUACGCGCUUGCAGCACGUCGAUCAAGACAAUAUCAAUCUAAGCUUUGGUGUUAUGCUAUAUAUUAUUUUAUGUGAUUAUUUUCAAUACUGACAAUAAGUUGUAUGUGUGAUAUUUGUUUUUGAAACAUUUUACUUACCUUGUUUUGGGAUGAGAUUUUUGACGGCCUUUUAGGUUAACGCAUACCCGUGUUUUGCCUUAAAAGACAAUAAUUUUGGCCUCAAUCUAAUCAGUGCAUUGCAAUACUUUUAUUGCUUCAGAACUUAUCUUUAUUGUCGGACUAGGAUUCGAAUUUGAUAGCGUGUUGUGAACUGAAAGUUAUAUUUGAAUGUGAUACUAUUUCAAAGAUACUCAUUUUUGUCAACCUUAGUAUUUAUUUUUCUCCGCCGUUGAAGAUUGUCGUUUAAGUUAAUUAUUGUUUCGUCCCUACGCCCUAAUCCUUGAUUUUACAAGCUUAUCAAUGAGUUGUUGGAACGAAAAGCACUUUGUAUUAAAUGUUGGUUUUAUGACUACGCCUACUUUCCAAUUGAACAGAGAGGAACAUGAUAUGCUACUGCUCGUGCAGCACUGAGACUUAUCCUGCACUGUUCAAGAAAACAUAGGCGUAGGGGCGCUAUAAAACUUUCAGAUUAUGUGUAAAUACUUGUUGUCCUCUAAUGUGUAACGUAUUGUUUGUUGUGAAUUAUUGUUAAAAUGUGGGCUGCAAAUAAAGAAACCAAAACACUUGCA